AUGGGGAAAAGCAAGGUUCUAGUGGUGGGAGGAACAGGGUACAUAGGGAGGAGGAUAGUUAAGGCAUGUUUGGCACAAGGGCAUGAAACCUAUGUGGUUCAACGCCCAGAGUUGGGCCUUCAAAUUGAAAAGUUGCAGAUGCUGCUCUCCUUCAAGAAGCAGGGUGCUCAUCUUGUUGAAGCCUCUUUCUCCGACCACCAAAGCCUUGUGGAUGCCGUGAAGAAGGUUGAUGUUGUCAUCAGUGCCAUCUCUGGCGUUCACUUCAGGACACACUGCAUCACCUUGCAGCUCAAACUCGUCCAUGCCAUCAAAGAAGCUGGCAAUGUUAAGCGUUUCUUGCCUUCUGAAUUUGGGCUAGACCCAGCAAGGAUGGGAGAUGCAUUAGAACCAGGAAGGGUAACAUUUGAAGAUAAAAUGGCUGUGAGAAAGGCAAUAGAGGAAGCCAACAUCCCUUUCACUUACAUCUCUGCAAACCUUUUUGCUGGAUACUUUGCUGGUAGCCUCUCUCAGAUGGGCUCUUUUGUCCCUCCAAGGGACAAGGUCCAUCUCUUUGGGGAUGGCACUCUCAAAGCUGUUUUUCUGGAUGAAGAUGAUGUUGCAACAUACACAGUGAAGGCAAUAGAUGAUCCACGAACGCUUAACAAAACAUUGUACCUAAGGCCACCAGAAAAUAUUCUCUCCCAAGCAGAGCUUAUUGGGAUUUGGGAGAAACUCAUUGGAAAGGAGCUGGAAAAGACAUACAUACCUCCAGAAGGCUUUCUUACAACACUGAAAGGGUUGGAUUAUAAACUUCAAGUAGGGAUUGGGCACUUUUAUCAUAUAUUCUAUGAAGGGUGUUUAACAAAUUUUGAAAUUGGAGAAGAGGGUGAAGAAGCAUCCAAGCUUUACCCUGAAGUGAACUACACACGCAUGGAUGAGUACCUAAAGAUUUAUGUGUGA